AGGGCGUGGCCAGAACGGCGCGCGGCAAGAUGGCGGCGGCCAGGCUCUGCUCCCUGCGCCGGCAUCUCCUGUGGCCGCUGAUCCCACAGCGCGGCUACCGAGGGGACUCCCCCACGGAUUCCGGGAAGGAUGUGCUGGAGAUCCCGCUGCCCCCCUGGCAGGAGCGUCCAGACGAGCCACUGGAGACUAAGAGAGCCCGGCUGCUGUACGAGAGCAGGAAAAGGGGGAUGCUGGAAAACUGCAUCCUGCUCAGCCUCUUUGCCAAGGAAAACCUGGCACACAUGAGUGAGGAGCAGCUGAACCGCUACGACCGCCUCAUCAACGAGCCCAGCAACGACUGGGACAUUUAUUACUGGGCCACUGAAGCGAAGCCGACGCCGGCGGAAUUCGACACCGACGUGAUGGCCAUGCUGAGGGAAUUCGCCAAGAACAGGAACAGGGAGCAGAGGCUCCGGCAGCCAGACCUGGAAUAUCUCUUUGAGCCACCACGCUGAGGGAGGGGACACCUGUGUCCCCAAUCUCUGGAGUAGCGCAGGAACACGGGGCUCUGGACUGGUGUUUCCACCUUCCCUGUGAUUUUCCUCUUCUUCCAGCAGCCUUCGGACACUCGUAGAAUGCUGAAUAAAGCCGUGGCUACCA